AUGUUGAACAAGGCCAACAGGUGGAAUGUUGCACAAGGCCAAAGAGAGAAAUCUCAGAAGCCAGAGGCUCCACAUGCACUCCCACAACUCGUCCCAUCGCCUCUGCCUGCUCCUGAGGCUGUUCCUGCUGCUGAUACGCUGGGUUUUACAAAUUCACGAGGCACAUACUUAUCAAGCUUUUUGACUUUUCCAAUUUACUUCAAAUGCCGAAUGACCACAGAAUGGCUGAUAUUCAGUUCUUCGGCAACUUCUUGUAUAAGAAGGUCAGCUUUGAUAACUGCUCUCAAUUGGUCGUUGUCUACUUUGGUGCCUGGCUACUUCAUUCCUCAUCUUCAAGGCUCUUGUGUCCUUUGUAAAACUUCUCGAACUAUUAUUGCCAGCUUUCUCCUGAGGGUCAACGAGAAAGAGAUUGUGAGAUCACGUACUAUAGGUGAACUUCUAGCUCCAGCAGCUCCUUUUGACAAGAAAUGUGGUCGUGAAAAUUGGACUGUUGCUUCUGCUCCAGAUGGUUCACACUUUGCAUGGUCACAAGGACAUCGUACAGAAAAGCUUGUUCCAUGGUCCCAGUGCCUUAAAAACUUUCUUUUGCAUGGCACCAAGAAUGAUACCAAUUCAAGCAGUUUAAGACAAAAUAGUUACAGUGGACAGAAAAGUAAUCCUCGUGAACAUAUUAUAGACUGUGGUGAUAUAGUCUGGAGUCUUGCUUUCGGGUGUUUGGUUACAGUAAAACAGAGUCUUUGUGUAAAUAUAGAAUGGCAUCCAUUCAGAUUUGGACAAAAUCAGCUGCACCUUGCCACAGGUCUAAACGAUGGACGUAUCAAAAUAUGGGAUGUAUAUACAGGGAAACUCCUCCUUAACUUGCUAGAUCAUACUGAAGUGGUCAGAGAUUUAACUUUAGCUCCAGAUGGUAGCUUGAUACUAGUGUCAGCUUCAACAGACAAAACUCUCAGAGUAUGGGACCUGAAAGAUGAUGGAAACAUUAUGAUGUUGAGAGGGCAUCAGAAAUGGCUGUACAGUUGUGCAUUCUCUCCCGACUCUUCUAUGCUAUGUUCAGUUGGAGCCAGUAAAGCAGUUUUCCUUUGGAAUAUGGAUAAACAUACCAUGAUACGCAAACUAGAAGGAUAUCACAAUGAUGUUGUAGCUUGUGACUUUUCUCCUGUUGGAGCAUUACUGGCCAUAGCAUCUUACGAUACUCGAGUAUAUGCCUGGGAUCCACAUAAUGGAGAAAUUCUGAUGGAAUGUGGGCACCUGUUUCCCCCACCUAUUCCAAAUUUUGCUGGAGGAGCAGAUGACCAAUGGGUACAAUCCGUAUCUUUUAGUCAUGAUGGACUGCAUGUUGCAAGCAUUGCUGAUGAUAAAAUAGUGAGGUUCUGGAGAAUUGAUGAGGAAUAUCCAGUCCAAGUCGCACCUUUGAGCAAUGGUUUUUGCUGUACCAUUUCUACUGAUGGCAGUGCUUUAGCUGCUGGAACACAUGAUGGAAGUGUGUAGUUUUGGGCCACUCCAAGGCAAGUGCCUAGCCUUCAACGUUUAUGUCGCAUGUCAAUUCAAAGAGUGAUGCCCACUCAAGAAGUCCAAGAGCUGCCGGUUCCUUCCAAAGUUUUUAGAGGAAUUUGCCUUUCCUGGUUACAACCUCUCAUAGAAACCAAGAGAAUUCAGGAGGAAAAACUGCAAGAAAUUGAAUAUGCAGGCACAGUGCAGAAUGAUGAACACUCAGCAUCAUUGAGAGUAACUAUUUACAAGGAGGAACAGCAGUAUGCAUUAUUAUCCCAGUUCCAGCAGCUCUUUAGUCAAUUUAUGAGAAACCACCUCUUCAAUUCCAGCCUCAUCUACACUAGGUUAAAGUUCUUAGCCAUGUCAACCCUUGCCUUGCCGAUUUUUGCAACCUCUUCAUUUGUUGAAAAUCCUUCUACAUCAUGGACAACCGUCAUGAGUGUAUUCUUCUAG